AUGUCUUCCUCGCCCCGACUCACCGGUUACACGCUGCGCCCAUCGGAGACAUCGACCACGGUGUCGGUAACGCUCAACAGCUGCGGUACGGGCAUUAAAAAGCUUAGCAUUAACGACAGCGUCAAAUCGGCGGGAAGUGCCAAUUCCGAUCCACUCGAGCUAGCUGAGCAAGGGAAAAUCGACAGCACACAGCGGAAACAGCAAGCGGACGUGGACGACGACGACGAAGAGGAGGACGAGCAGGAGACCUCCGACAGUGACAAAGCGCUACGUCACAGCCCGCCAAGAAAUACCCGCAAGCAAGCGUCCACCUCUUCCGGUGACGGGGACGAAGACGCGCUGGACGCACUGAGCAGGGGGGUGGCAAAACAGGAACACCGUCAGAAUGGUGCCGGCAACCGGCAGCCACCCCGAGGUCCUGCUGUUGACGCUGACGAUGCUGAUGAUAAUCGGUGCGGCGGCGAUAGCGAUGAUGAUGGUGGCGAUCUAUCUGAUAAGAAUAAUAAUAUCGGCGCAGCUGUUCGCCGCAAACAACCGGAGGACUAUGCUUUGGAUGAUUUUCAAAUACUGAAAACGAUAGGCACGGGCACAUUCGGACGCGUCUGUCUCUGUCGGGAUAAGAUCACCAACAAGUACUGGGCGAUGAAGAUACUGGCAAUGGCGGACGUUAUACGAUUGAAGCAAAUCGAGCAUGUGAAAAAUGAGAAAAAUAUCCUGCAAGAGAUCGAUCAUCCUUUCAUUGUGAACAUGCGAUGGAACUCAAAGGACGACUGCUGCCUGUACAUGCUGUUCGAGUUCGUUAGCGGCGGUGAGCUGUUUUCCUACCUGCGGAACGCAGGCCGAUUCGACAGCGGUACCGCGAACUUCUACGCCUGCGAGAUUGUGCUGGCGCUCGAAUAUCUCCACUCGCUAUCGAUCGUGUACCGUGAUCUGAAGCCGGAAAACCUGCUGCUCGAUCGGGAAGGCCACAUGAAGAUUACCGACUUUGGGUUCGCGAAAAAGCUGAAGGACCGCACCUGGACGCUGUGCGGUACGCCCGAGUACCUAGCGCCGGAAAUCAUUCAGUCCAAGGGCCACAACAAAGCCGUCGACUGGUGGGCACUGGGUGAGUUGACCGUGAAACUUCGACGACGAUCGGUCGUGUACUUAUCUACGAGAUGA